UGCCAUCCGCGUUUUUCAGCACUACUCACUCAGCUGUUUUUUUCAGUUGGCAAAACAGACACUUUUUGCUAUUUAACUUGGUACCAAAAAAGUUAAAUAAAUGCGUUAGGAGAUGACCAGGACGUGCAGAGUAUGUGGCUGCGACGACGGACGCUACUGGAUUGAAACGCCCGUGGAGAAGUACGCGGAGAAGACCUUCGUCCAGCUGCUGGUCGAGCUAACGCGAAUCGAGGUGGUCAUGGCACAAGCUGAGAAGUUCCCACAGUGGCUGUGCAAAGCGUGUGCCGAUAAGCUGGAAAGCACCUACGAUUUUGUGCUGCAGGCACGUCAAACACACGAGCUGUGGCUGCAGAAAAUCGGGGAUUCUUUGAAUGGGGAUGACGAAAUGGAGGGCACUAGGGCCUUGGAGUGCCUGCGUGAAACACCCAUCCAUCUGUUCGAAAUAGAGGGCGUGACCAUCAAGUCGGAGGAACUGGCUUCAACGCAACAGGCGCCCAAGGUAGAUCCUUUAGUGCGCCCGCGCAUUGUCAAACGGAGUAUUGUACACUUUAGCGAUUCAGAUGAAGACCUGGAUGAUGUUCCGCUGCGCCAACGUAAGAUAGCAGCCUCGGUCUGCGGCUCUGACAAGACGAAGCAAAAUGUUUGCGAGCUGUGCAACAAGGUCUUCAGAUAUGUCACCAAUCUAUAUCGUCACAAGCAGAGGGACCACGGCAUUCUGGGCAAGGACGGAGAAGAUUAUGAAGAAGACUAUUACAAGUGCGAUCUGUGCGAUAAAACCUACAAGUACGUGAUGGCGCUGGUUAAGCACAAACACAAAGAGCACGGAUCCAGUCUCCUGCCCACCAAGUCCGGGCGAAAGAUGCCCGGAAGGCCGCCAACUUUGCCCGAGGAUGCCAAUCCAUACAGUCCAGCAUCCACCUCUGAAACAUCCACUCAUCGAAGCAGAACCAACAACGACGCCCUGGUACACAGCAUCAUCAAGGCAGUGGAGCUCUCAGAUGAGGAUGGCCACAGUGGUGAAGAUAGCUACUACAAUUGCGAUCAGUGUAGUAAAUCCUACAAGUACAUAGUCAGCUUGAUCAAGCACAAGCACAAAGAGCACCUAGACAAGCAGUCGGAUGACGAGGACGAUCGGCCUCUGCCCUCCACAUCCGCCUCGGCAAAUGCAAAACCAGCUGCGAAGACGUCUAGGAUCAACCGAAGAGUCGACGGGUUCGACUUUCAUCGCAGCGAGCCUAAUGGAGCCAAGGAAAUCAAGUGCAUGAUAUGCUUGCGACGGUUUACAAAACUGCGGGAGCUUAGGAAUCAUCUGCAGAACCAUCCCACUGAUUUCGACUUUGAGGCGCAUGGGGAGCCUAUCGAGCGCAUUGCGGAAGGAUUUUUCAAGACAGCCGUUGAGUCCACGGCAGAGGGCUUAAAGCGGCGAAUAUUUAGAGAUCUCAGAAUGGGCGUCUAUGGACGCUACUACUCCAUCACAAAUCAAGCGCGUUAUGAAAUGACCCUAGAUAGUUCGGAUACGGACAGUGAUGGCGAUGGCGACGACGAUGUCGUCAUCCGACGAAGUUACUCCUGCGAACUGUGCGACUCUCCGGAGGCUAGGUGGCCGCGCAAGUACCUGCUACACCAGCACCAUCAGAAGGAGCACACCUGGCUAGACGCCCCUCAUGUCUGCCAGCGCUGCGACUCGCGGUUCCUCAAUAUCCAGCUUCUCGAGCACCACACCAGCCAGUUGUGCCAAAACACUUUGAAGCGCUUUAUGUGCGACAAGUGCCCUCAGCGAUUCUUUUGGCGUCGCAAUCUGCGCGCACAUCUUGUCGAGCACAAGAGCAAGCAAGAAUCUUAUCCAUGUGACCAGUGCUCUCGUAGCUUUCAAGACAAGAGCGCCGUGACCAAACAUAAGCUCAUGAUGCAUCGGGACAGUAACAUGCAGCUCCUUCCCUGCCGCUGGUGUACCCGUACCUUCUACCGUCCUGCCCUGCUGUACAAGCACUUACAGAGACACGGAUUCACUGGUCAGGACCUACCGCUGGCUGAAACCUUGCUAGCGGAUGCCUCAAAGCCGGCGGGCCCCAAAAGCGUCCAGUGCAAGAUUUGUGACAUCCAGUUUGUCAGCGUGGCGGACCUACGAAGGCACAUAUCUAUGCAGGGCCACAGCGAUCAACCCUCGGCGUAUAUGAUUAGCACAGCAACUGGCUUUGAGCUCCUGCUGGACGACACAGACGACAGUGAUGAGGAAACAUCGGGCAGGACGUACUCUUGCGACCUUUGUGAUCUGAACUUUCGACGGCGACGAGAGAUGAGUGAGCACCAGUACUCCCUCCACAGCUUUGACAAACUGCCACAUAACUGCGAGCACUGCAUUUUUAAGACGGUGGAUAAGAACAUACUGCAUCAGCAUCUGCGCACGCAGUGUAUGAACACCGAAAAGAAGUUUGUCUGCAUGCGUUGCGGCUACAAGUUCAUGUGGGAGGAGAACUUGGCCCAACACCUUGCCACCCAGCAUUCCAAGCAACCCGCCGUUCCGGAACAGCAGCCACCGCUGAGGAGAAAGAGGCGCUUCCGCUACCAGUGCCCCCAUUGCUGGCGUUCCUUUGUCGUUCAGCCCAGCCUGGAUAAGCACAUUCGGGACAUGCAUGUGGCCAAGAAAAAUCCAGGAAAAAAGUAUCUCUGCUCGCUGUGCGGCCUGGAGUCGCUGACCCCCAACAAGCUGAACAUCCAUAUGCGGCGCCACAUGGGCGAGAAGCCCUUCAAGUGCGAUCUCUGCGACAUGCGCUUCACGGUCCACUACGAGUUGAAGGUGCACCGCCGGAAGCACACUGGCGAGCGACCCUACCAAUGCACCUUUUGCGCCAAGGACUUCGCACGACCAGACAAACUGAGGCGGCACGUCUUCAUGCACAACGUCAAGUCGUAGAGUCAUGAUUUUGAGACUAACCUAAUAAUGGGCCAUUUGUAGAUUGAUUUUAUUAAUAUAUAAUACUUUUAACUACGAAUUUUCUAUUCAUCAGCCAAAAAUUUUAAUAUAAUGUAAAUAGGUUUUGUUAAUUCAACUAAUCAAACACCUAAAAGCCAAAUUCUACAGUUAAUUGAGUUUGGUGCAGCCUACGCUGAAAUUACUUUAUAAAAGAUUUAUCAAUAAAUUAAAAAAAUACUGUCCGAA